AUGGCGACAGAGAUUGAAGCUCCAGUUCAAGUGACUGAGCCUGAUCCUUCUUCGCAAAUUUAUAAGGCAACAUACUCUGGCGUUCCAGUUUGGGAGUUUCGGUUGGCGUUAUAUUCAAUCGUUCGAAGCGUUGCGGUUAUGCGCAGGAAGACAGAUUCGUGGCUCAACGCUACACAAAUCUUAAAGGUUGCUGAAUUUGAUAAGCCUCAUAGGACCCGUAUUUUAGAACGCGAAGUCCAAAAGGGUGAACACGAAAAAGUUCAAGGCGGUUAUGGAAAAUAUCAGGGAACAUGGGUGCCAUAUCAAACAGGUGUCGACCUAGCAGAACGAUAUCACGUAAAGGAACUUUUACAACCGAUAAUUGAAUUUCAACCAUCAUCGGAAAGUCCACCUCUAGCACCAAAGCACGUUACUGCCGCGUCAAAUAAGCCAC